UCAGUUCAAUUUCGAAUAUCAAAAAUGGCAGUUUCAAAGUUUUCAUUCAUAUUUAUUGCACUCAUAAUUGCAUCAAAUUACAGUCCAGCAUGUGGGCAAGCAACUCGUACACCAGUUGAUUUUUGGCUCACAUUUGGUCAACAACUUACAUCAAAUGUUUUGAAUUGGUUAUUGAAUCUUGAUAUCAUCCCUGAUGAUCUUUUAAAUGAUAUAAGUGCUCCAUCACUUCCAGCUCCAACUCCAGCUUCAAUUAAUCCAAAUCAAAUAAGAAUUUCAUUUGUUAAUGGACAACCAGUUAUUCUUCCAUUAAAUGCAGUAGUACCUGCAGCUCCAGCACCUUUAAAACCAGCACCACAACCAGCACCAAUCGAUCCAACUUGGCAAUUAUGGAAAGUAUUGUUUGAUCUCCAUUCACCACCAAAACCAGCACCAAUUAUACCUGCUCCAUUACCACACCACAACUAUAUUGUUGCAACAACCCCAUCACCCUGCCAUACAACACCAAAAUGUCCAGGAGGUGAUUGUAAACCAGAGAAAGUACGCAUUGUUGUAGUUGAUGACUGUAAAAAUCAUCACGAAUCCUCGGAAAGCCGUUCAGAAGAAUCAUCUGAGGAAAUCGACGUUAUUGUGCCCCGCAAGAAGUGCCCAAGAUGUCAUUAA